CGAGGCCGGCGCCUUUUCCGGAGACUUCCGGGGCCAGGGUCCCCGCCGAGGGCGGAACAAACUUCAUCAGAUAAUUCUCACUGCAGAAUGAACUAAGGGAAGAGGACACUUACUCACCAGGAAUGGAGAGCAAUUUGCCAGUUUCCAGCAUGCAGGACCCUUCAUCUUCCCCCCCGGAAAAGCACGUUGGCUCAGCUAAUGGCAGCGGAGAUCUUGAUUCAGAAGAAGGUUCAAGCUUGGACGAAAUCGGCUUUAACUGGGGAGAAUAUCUGGAAGAGACAGGUGCUCGGGCGGCUCCUCACACAUCCUUCAAGCAUGUUGAAAUCAGCAUUCAGAGCAACUUCCAGCCGGGAAUGAAAUUGGAGGUGGCUAAUAAGAGCAAUCCAGACACCUACUGGGUGGCCACAAUCAUCACCACCUGUGGGCAGCUGCUGCUUCUGCGCUACUGCGGUUAUGGGGAGGACCGCAGGGCUGACUUCUGGUGCGAUGUGGUCAUAGCAGAUCUGCACCCCGUAGGGUGGUGCACCCAGAACAACAAGGUGUUGAUGCCCCCAGAUGCAAUCAAAGAGAAGUACGCAGACUGGACCGAAUUCCUCAUACAUGAUUUGACUGGUUCGCGGACAGCACCUGCCAACCUGCUGGAAGGUCCUCUGCGAGGGAAAGGCCCUAUAGACCUCAUUACAGUUGAUUCCUUAAUAGAACUUCAGGAUUCUCAGAACCCUUUUCAGUACUGGAUAGUUAGUGUGAUUGAAAAUGUUGGAGGAAGAUUACGCCUUCGCUAUGUGGGAUUGGAGGACACUGAAUCCUAUGACCAGUGGUUGUUUUACUUGGAUUACAGACUUCGACCAGUUGGUUGGUGUCAAGAGAAUAAAUACAGAAUGGACCCACCUUCAGAAAUCUAUCCUUUGAAGAUGACCUCUGAGUGGAAAUGUGCUCUGGAAAAAUCCCUUAUUGUUGCUGCAGAGUUUCCUCUUCCAAUGGAAGUGUUCAAGGAUCAUGCAGACUUGCGAAGCCAUUUCUUCACAGUUGGGAUGAAGCUAGAGACAGUGAAUAUGAGUGAGCCCUUUCAUAUCUGUCCUGCAUCAGUGACUAAGGUUUUUAACAAUCAUUUUUUUCAAGUGACUAUUGAUGACCUAAGACCAGAACCUAGUAAACUCUCAAUGAUGUGCCAUGCGGAUUCUUUGGGGAUUUUACCAGUACAAUGGUGCCUUAAAAAUGGAGUCAACCUCACUCCUCCCAAAGGUUACUCCGGCCAGGACUUUGACUGGGCGGAUUAUCAUAAGCAGCACGGGGCRGAAGAAGCACCUCCCUUCUGCUUUAGAAACACAUCCUUCAGUCGGGGUUUCACAAAGAACAUGAAACUGGAAGCCGUGAACCCCCGGAAUCCAGGAGAACUCUGUGUGGCCUCUGUGGUCAGCGUGAAGGGGCGGUUGAUGUGGCUUCAUCUGGAAGGUCUGCAGACUCCGGUGCCAGAGGUCAUUGUGGAUGUGGAAUCCAUGGAUAUCUUCCCAGUGGGCUGGUGUGAAGCUAAUUCUUACCCUUUGACGACACCACACAAAACAGUCUCCCAAAAGAAGAGAAAGAUUGCAGUUGUGCAGCCAGAAAAACAAUCRCCAUCCACAGUGCCUGUUGAGAAAAUACCUCAUGACCUUUGCUUAUUCCCUCACCUGGACUCCACAGGAACCGUCAAUGGGAAGUACUGCUGCCCGCAGCUGUUCAUCAACCACCGGUGUUUCUCAGGCCCCUACCUGAACAAAGGCAGGAUCGCGGAGCUACCUCAGUCGGUGGGGCCCGGCAAAUGUGUGCUGGUUCUUAAAGAGGUUCUUAGCAUGAUAAUCAACGCAGCCUACAAGCCUGGAAGGGUGUUAAGGGAAUUGCAACUGGUGGAAGAUCCACACUGGAAUUUCCAGGAGGAGACGCUGAAAGCAAAGUACAGAGGUAAAACGUACAGGGCUGUGGUUAAGAUCGUGCGAACAUCUGACCAAGUAGCAAAUUUCUGCCGACGAGUUUGUGCCAAGCUAGAAUGCUGUCCAAAUCUGUUUAGUCCUGUGCUGAUUUCUGGAAACUGCCCAGAGAACUGUUCCAUUCAUACCAAAACCAAAUACACCUACUAUUAUGGAAAGAGAAAGAAGAUCAUUAAGCCSCCAAUUGGGGAAAGCAGCAUUGAGAGUGGACACCCAAAACCAGCCCGAAGAAGGAAACGACGAAAAUCCAUUUUUGUGCAGAAGAAGCGGAGAUCUUCGGCUGUGGACCUAACUGCAGGCUCUGGGGAGGAAAGUGAAGAGGAGGACGCAGACCAGCUGGACGAAGAUACUGCAAGUGAGGAGACCGGCUCUGAGCUCCGAGAUGACCAGACUGACACCUCGUCGGCCGAGGUCCCCUCGGCACGGCCACGGAGGGCAGUCACCCUGCGCAGUGGCCCAGAACCCACGCGGCGGCCAGUGGAGAGGGCACGCAGGGGCCGUAUGGUGCAGACCACCCCUGCAGAGGAGGAGGACAAGGGUCCUGUGGCCAAGACUGAGGGCCCUGAGGAAACCAAACAAGAGGAGGAGGGGAGGCUCGUCCUGGAGAGCAACCCGUUGGAGUGGACAGUCACCGACGUGGUGAGGUUCAUUAAGCUGACCGACUGUGCCCCCUUGGCCAAGAUCUUUCAGGAACAGGACAUUGACGGCCAAGCGCUCCUCCUGCUGACUCUCCCUACAGUGCAGGAGUGCAUGGAGCUGAAGCUGGGACCUGCCAUCAAAUUAUGCCAUCAGAUCGAGAGAGUGAAAGUGGCUUUCUACGCCCAGUAUGCCAACUGACUCCACCCCUGGGGACCUGGCCUGUGAUCUUUUGUGAUGCUUUGUGAAGGUUUUCAGGACUGAGAAUUUGAUUUUUUCCAGGAUAUAUAAAGUGGUACAUUCACUAAGUAUUACCAAGAAGCCAGAGCCCAGCACCUCCCUCAUCCACCAGCCUAUUUGAUGUUUCCGUGUUUUGAAAGCACACUGAUGUCCUACGGGAGUAACUUCUACAGAGCAUAAUUACAGUUCUGCAUCAGACCCUGCCAGGAUAUGGAAGAACUGCUCUGGAUAUCCACGUUUAGCCUUUCUCCCACCCCAAACCAGGCAGCUUCCUGGGAACAAGUUUUUCUAACCCAAGGCCCACGUUCUUUGAAAGCUGGGCUGGGUGCAUAUGUGGCCAAGGAGGAUUCCCGACACCUUGCCAGUAGUUUUUACUGUACUUGUUCUCAGAUGCUUCCUGUCGAUACGUGUGGCCCUGGUUUAGUGUCAUGUAUGGCACUGUGGAUUGAUCUUGGUGGUAACUCCCUUCUCCAUCACAGCUGUGGACACAGAUGUUUCAGGAUGUCGAUCUAAAAAGACAUGCUAAACGUCCACAUCCAAUUCUCUAUCAGAGGUGCCUUUUAGACAGUACAGGGGGACAAAAGGAGGCUGGCAUCUCAUCAAAUGACAUCCUUGAGUGAUUGAAGCCUAGAACAUCUGUGAAGGCCAGCAGAGCCACACUAUCACCAUCAUCCUAAUUUAAUGUUCAACAGGUCUGUGAGUGACUAGGGAAAUGUAAAAAUGUAUAUUGAAGGAAACGCUUAAUUUCAGAGAGCAAGAAUGGGAAGAGGUCUGGAGGAAGCAUUUGGUGAACUAGUUACCUCYACUUAGAGGGAUUACUGCAGCAGGUCACUCUGAGUCACUCUGAGCAUUUCUUCUGACUUUUCCAGGCAUGAGGAGGAUGGAGACCCUUGAGCAGUUUGGUUAAAUCAGCUAAGUUGUUUGCAGACAAAUUGAUGGCUCUGAGAGCUGGCUAUUCUUUUACACCCAGCACCUCCAUGCGUUCUCAUUCUCAACCCAAAGGGACUAUUAUUCUGAUGUGGCCGCUUGCUGCCUUUCUAAAGUUACGCAAGGAAACCAUAGCUUCAUGUUGUCCCAAAGUGAAC